GACUCCUCUCUCUCUCUCUCUCUCUCUCCUCUCUCUUCUUUCUCUCUCUACGUUUGUUUAAUGUAAAAAUCCUGCACGUUUUUCUGUGUGCAGAAAGGGGAAAAAGGAGAGGGGGGAGGGAUUAGCUAUACCUAGCUGAGCUGCGAUGGCGAGAAUUUUAUUCGGCUUUCCGGCGACUGACGGAGGAGCCGGAGUACUGUCGGCCGGCUGGUGGGACGAGGUUAACGACUCCGUUAAAUGGCAAGACGGAAUAUUCUUCUCUCUCUGCGCCGUUUACGCCCUCGUUUCCUCCGUCGCCCUUAUUCAAUUGAUACGUAUUGAACUGAGGGUGCCCGAGUACGGAUGGACUACUCAGAAAGUCUUCCACCUGAUGAACUUCGUUGUGAAUGGAGUGCGUGCCGUUUUGUUUGGAUUUCAUAUGCACGUAUUUCUCUUCCAUCCUAAGGCCCUGACGUUGGUACUUCUGGAUCUUCCGGGCCUGCUGUUCUUUUCUACGUACACACUUCUUGUCCUUUUCUGGGCCGAAAUAUAUCACCAGGCUAGAAGUUUGCCGACCGAUAAACUGAGAAUAUUCUACAUUGCUGUCAAUGCUGUAGUUUACUUCAUACAGGUCUGCAUCUGGGUGUACCUCUGGGUAAACGAUAACAGUGUUGCUGAAUUUGUCGGAAAGAUAUUUAUUGCAGUUGUAUCCUUCGUAGCUGCAUUAGGGUUUUUGCUAUAUGGAGGAAGAUUGUUUUUCAUGCUGAGACGCUUCCCCAUUGAAUCUAAAGGGAGGAGAAAGAAACUUCACGAGGUUGGAUCUGUGACAGCUAUAUGCUUCACCUGUUUUCUUAUAAGGUGCUUCGUGGUCGGGCUGUCAGCUUUUGAUUCAGAUGCAUCACUGUACGUAAUUGACCACCCGGUUUUGAACUUCAUCUACUACACGCUGGUCGAGAUUCUUCCUUCAGCUCUCGUCUUGUACAUUUUGCGGAAGCUGCCGCCUAGAAGAGUGUCUGCCCAGUACCACCCCAUCCGCUAGUCACCGGAAAAGCCCACAACCACCACCACCACCAAUUACACGCAAUGUAUAUUUAAUCGGUGGUGGCGAUCAAAUUCUAGAGUAUUUCUCACGGCUCCAGCUUUUUUGAAAUUACUGGACUAGGAGAUAUGAAAUUCAGUCAUCGCAGAAAAAAAAAUAUCCCGAUUUUAUUUAUGGAUUCUGGGAUCAAACGUUUCGCAAAAACUUUCUUUAAUUUCCAUCAUUCCAUGUAUUUUUAUUCAGUGUUGUGUCAUAUAUAUAAAUCGAUUUUCGCAGAAAAUCACGAGUUUCUUAUUCGUCU